AUGACUAUUCACUGCAGUGGCGAGCACUCCGCCCUCUUCCGCCCCUUGGCGAUUGCCAAUGGCGCCCUCACUCUUCGCCACCGUAUCGUCCAUGCGCCGCUGACCCGUAACCGCGGGGUGCCUGCAAUCUCUACCAGCACGCCGGAGAAUCCUAAUCGUGUCUGGAUCCCUGGGGAUCUGGUGGCUGAGUACUAUUCUCAGCGGGCCACUAGAGGAGGUCUGAUCAUCUCAGAGGGAAUCCCACCGUCGCUAGAGAGCAACGGCAUGCCCGGUGUCCCCGGGCUGUUCACCCCGGAGCAGGCCGACGGCUGGAAAAAGGUGGUCGACGCCGUUCACACAAAGGGCGGCUACAUCUAUUGUCAAUUGUGGCACGCCGGCCGUGCGACAAUCCCCCAGAUGACUGGAUCGCCCGCAGUGUGCCCCUCGGCAAGCGUGUGGGACGAGCCCACCGAAUGUUAUUCGCACCCGCCAGUAGGCUCCACUAAACCCGUCCGAUACGCGGAUUACCCGCCUAUUGAGCUGUCCGUGGCGCAUAUCCAGCAGACCAUCCGGGACUAUUGUACCGCCGCUAAGACCGCCAUGGAAAUUGGCUUCGAUGGCGUUGAGAUCCACGGUGGCAAUGGCUAUCUUGUCGAGCAGUUUCUUAGCUCGAAUGUUAAUAAGAGGACGGACGCCUAUGGCGGCACCCCGGAGAAGCGGUGCAAGUUUGCUUUGGAGCUGAUGAGCGCAGUCGCGCAGACUAUUGGCGAGCAGAACCUCGCUAUUCGCCUGACGCCCUUUGGGCUCUUCAACCAGGCUCGCGGCGAGCAGCGUGUUGAGACCUGGACACACCUGUGUGAAGGUUUGAAGAAGGCCCACCCGGCGCUAUCGUACGUCAGCUUUGUUGAGCCGCGCUAUGAACAAAUCUUCAGUCCCAUGGAAAAGGACGCCUUCUUGCAGAGCUGGGGGUUGUCCAAUGUCACUCUGGACCGGUUCCGCGAGAUCUUCGGCUCUACCCCCUUCUUCUCGGCGGGCGGGUUCGACGGCCAGAACGCUUGGGGCCUGGUUGAGUCCGGCAAGUACGAUGGCCUCCUGUUUGGUCGCUAUUUUAUCAGCAACCCAGAUCUGGUGGACCGACUGAAGAAGGGCCUUCCCUUGGCGCCGUAUGAUCGCACCAGAUUCUACGGGCCGUUUGAGGACAAUGCCUUCCACUACACGGACUACCCAGCUGCAUAG